AUGAAAUGUAUUAAUUCUUCAACAUCAUUCGAAUUUUUUUCAUGUCCAAUACGCUUCAUUGAAGAACUGGAAAUCACUCAUCCAUAUCAUUCUCUAGUCAUCGAUACUUUAGAAACAUUUCAUAAGAAAUACGAUGGCUGCUCGUGUAAGACGUUAUUAUUUUUUCUCGUUACAUUUUCAAAUCAUUUUCAUCUAUUAUUCGAUAAAAUCAAUCGAUUAUCUCAAAAGACAAUCUUUAAUCAUUUAGAACAAUUUGUUGGCCAAUCAAUAUUAAUUGCUAAAGAAAAUUUCGCGGAAAAUUUGGUUUUAAAUUUAAAUGUUUUUCAUCGUAUAUGUCGUUUUCAAACCAUGUAUUCCGAUAGUCUUUAUCAAGCCUAUUCACAUUUUGUUUCAUUACAAGAAGAACUAAUCCAUCAGUUCGAUAACCUUAAUCAUAUAACACGUGUAAAAUACGCCGAAGAACAAUGUGUAUUUAUUCCUGGCACAAUAAUUCCUAUAGAUAAACCAAUACAAGGCCCUCAACGUACAUUACUAAUUGAUGGUUAUAUUCUCGAAGAUUAUGUUCAUGUUGGUUAUAAUAAUAAAUUGAAAUUAAAACAAGUAUCAGCAAAAUCUUCAUGGAUUUAUGUUAUUUCAUCAAUAUUAAAUCAAUAUUCAAUUGAUAUUAUUUUAUGUUCGGGUACCAUUGAUGAGAAAUUAAAAGAUUUGAAUCGUGAUAAUAAAAGAAUUUUUGUUGAAAAUAUUUCAUCAAAACUUUUUCGAUUAUUUAAUCAAAAUUUAAUAGUAAAUUAUUUAACUGAUAUUAACGAAGAAAAUAUUUUAACAUUAAAUUAUAUACAAUCGAACGAUGAUCCUACGUUAAUUUUUAUUGAAAAAGGUUCCACAAUUAUUCAAUAUGUACCAAUAGAAAGUUUAGUUAACAUUAAACAUGAGCAAUUUGUUCAUUGUUUAGCAAGAUUUCGACAUAUUCUUAGGAGAAAUUUUUAUUUAAAAGGUUCCGGUGAAUUCGAACGUAAUUUAUAUAAAUAUUUUUAUGACAAGAAAAGCGAGAGUCUAUCGAUUGAAUAUAAUCUUGCCUAUGAAUGUUUUCUUGAAUGUUUACAAUUAUUUUCCAAUGAAAUUCUUAAUCGUAAAGAACUAUUUGAAAAAAAUCUUAUCGAUGACUUCGAUUCGAAAUUUGAUGCUUGGCAAACAAGUAUUGAAUUAUUAAAAAUAUUAGUACAGAUUAAUGAUGUGGUACAAAUUAUUGACAAUAAGGAUUUAAGUGAUAUCUAG